AGACAUAUUUGCAAAAGCAACAAAUACAUCUGAUCUAAAUGAUGCAUUCACCAUCAAAAAAAUUUUGAUGAUGAGACAAGUUUGCAAGAUUACUUUGAAAACUUGUCUAAGUCAACAAAUGGAAUUUAUAACAGAUAUCUCAAAACAAUGUUUUGUUCGUAAUAGAAUUAAAGAAAACUGGUGGCAACUUUCGAGUGGUGAUCUACACAGUUUUUACAAUAAGCAAUGGUUAGAAUCAAUUGAAAAUUUGAUGAUGAUGAUUAAUAAACAACGGCAUAACAUUAACAUCGGACUAGUAUGGAGAGAUCUAUUACUUUCUAAAGGUGUUACUGAUAAAAUUUGUUACUUGAAAUAG